AAUCGAAUCGAAAAGAAUUAUUCGAAAGACAAGAAAAACACGCUUGUUACACGCUUUCUUCCUAUAUUCUAUCCAUUUAAUCGUAUAGUUCUUCUAGGAAUAAAAAGAUAACGGUGUUUCAACAGGAAGAUUACGCAAAUUGAUGGAAAUUAACGUCAUUGUGUAUCUCCUAGCGAUUGUUUGUAAUAUCUCCAUGCUCUUCGUUCUUACUUAGAAAAAAAUUUUGUAAUUUUGUGUAUACAAAAUUGCCAUGUUCCUUGAAAACUACGACACCACGGUAGACGAGGUAAAAAUAAUGACGCGUUAUUACGUAGAAUAGAAAGAAUUCUUCCCAGUGCUCGAAAAGAAACUCAUUCGGCCACGUGGAAAGAAUCCGCUGCGCAAUACUGCGCAUAUUGUUUACCCAGCCAUCCCAUGCAUCGUGCCAAAGGCUUCUCUUGAAACAUAAUCUUGUCUCUCUCGGUGGAGUGCUACAAACUGCGCCAGAAUACUUGUCCUUCUUCGAAUCGCAUGCAGUUGAUACCGUGUCGGUGUCGGAAGAUUAUUUGUAUAUUUGAGUCACUUUCUUUCGUUUCUACAUAAAACGUUUUAUAUUUUGCAUUCGUGAUAGAUUCCUUUGAAUAUUAAAAAUAUUACAAAGAUAGAAUUAUGGCCAAUCUGAUGAUGGAUUUAAGAUUCACGACGGAAUACCGGAUCGUGCACCCAAAGAAAGCGCCUACCAUAACCGGUCAGGGAAAAAAUGACGAAACUUCGCUUUGACCUGAUGUCAGUGGCCGAGGAUUAAUUCCGAUCUGUGAAACGAGAGAUAUAUUUUCUAGUGUUACACGUGUCGACGAGAGUAGCAGUCGUUGUUUCGUCUCGUUACGUAGUGAUACCAGGUGAAAUUAGGAAAAUGCAGACAGGAUGGUCCAUUGUGUGUACGAAACACGUUAACAGAAUCCGUGGUCCGUGUUAAUGCGCGAUGACUCUUGUUCCACGCCAAUGUGAACAGACAAGGUCAUAGAACUUGCGUGGAGAUGGCAUGCAUUGUAGCGAUGAAAUUUGUAAACUAGGAAACAAAGCGGGAAAUGCAAAUGUGAUCUCGUAUAUAUUCAACAAAUUACGUUCAUUUUAGGAGACGAAUAUCGAAAAGAAGUAAACCUUUUUAUUUAACCUUUCAAACUUCAAAUUUUCUUAUUCGGGUAUUUUCGAUCAGUCGCGGGGAGACGCGAUUGCGAGAAAGUCAACGGAAGUCGUAAAUUCCCGUUACGAUUAUAAUAAUCGACACCACGAACAGAUCGAUCCCCUUAUUUCUUUUAGGAUAAUAGGGGUUACUGAUGUGGUAUAACACUGCGAUUAACAGGUUAUAAUUUUUAUAAAUUUCCAACAACUUAUUGCAACGAAAACUUACGCCUUUGUGUGUGAUAUAAAUGUCAUAGACGAUUAUUUGACGGAUGAAGGUCCGAUAGAGAUACACUGAAUGUUCUGUCGUAGUAGAGCAAGGCCCUUACGGAUGAAUGUAGUAAUGUAGUAGAAGUAAAACUCUCCUGGUGUAGUAGAUAUAGUAGAAAUUGAGUUGACCCUCUUGAUGUCGUAGACGAAGUAUAGAGACGAAGUGACUGCUCUGUCGUUAUGAGAACAAGUGAAGUUCGUUCUUGUCUGAUUACGGAGGAAAACUCGGUGUGGGUGUGCUUUUUGAACUAAGAACGUGGAUUGGAUAUUCACACUUUUCGUUAGAAAAGUCAAGGUAACUGUUCUAAGUACCAGCUAUAAACCGAAAAUACUUGCAGGAUUAAAGGUUCUGCAAGCUAAUAAGAUUUAGUUUAUGGUGGGGCCUUAGGUUUAUUGAAGAUCUGUAUAAUGGUGCUUGGGCCUUGAAGGUCAGGCAAUGAAGAACGUCGCACGGACCAUCUCACGCGACGUAACAGGGUGGGAUUUUUUUUUUUUUUGCUUUUUGCCUAUUCUUUUAAUUAGUUGAAAAUAUAUAAUAAACGAGGAAUUACUAAUUUGAAAAUUUCACUUUUAACAAAUAGGAUAGGGAAUGUGAAACCGGUCUUCGAGCUUGCAAAAAUCGACUGGAGGACGUAGAGGUAAAAGGUCGAAUCGAAGCAAUGACGGCAGAAGUGCUCGGAUCGUGCCAACGUGUAAAGUUCACGUGUGUGAAUGGCUUACCGUGGCACACACUGUACGCCGAAGGUCGUGGAACCUGUUGGACACAGUGAAGAAUACGAAUGAAAUUUCCAAUUCCUCCGUGGGUGGAUUGCACGUUGUAUAUAUGUGUAACGUCGUUUUAACCGGUAGAAAGAAUUCAAGGACACGAGGUAGUUGAGGCAGAUGGUCUCCAGGCAAUUUCGACGCCACUUCGCACGUUAUUACGUGAAAAUUGAUAGUGCUAAUACGCUGAAAGUAUUGCUGAGCUUCGCAGUCGGUGGCCUUCUGGGCGACGUCUUCCUACAUCUGCUGCCGGAAACAUGGGCGAACAGUUCUUUGAACAAAGCAGCGGAUGAUAGACAUCCAUCGAUGACCUGCGGUCUAUGGGUGCUAGGAGGCUUCUUGGUAUUCGUCAUAGUGGAGAAACUGUUUGCUUUCGAGCAAGAAACUGAAAUCGAGGAUACGUCCAUAAACAACACAGAACUAUGCGAAAAAACUAGCACCGAAGCUGAAAAGGAGAUGGAAAAUAACAACUGUAUUAAUUUGAUCGGAAGCAAUCCGAAGAACGGUUUUUCAAAGCGACUUCCCAAUGAAUUUUCGAAAGCCAUUAACGAGUUGCGACCCUUCUUAGAAAAGAAAAGCGGAUACUCCGAACUGUCAAAUGAUUUCAAAGAUAACCAUAGGAACGGCUUCAUUAGCAACGGCAUAAAGCCAGUAUUAAUGUGCAACGAGUUGUCGAAUACCCUAAAAGGUUUGCCGCUGAACGAGGCAAAAGAUUGUUUAAAGAAACUUGCAAAGAACGCUAAUGGUUUUUCAACCGAGUUGUCGAGAGGUUAUUUGAAAAAAGACAAAGCGGGCAAAGAUUCUAGCGAUGAACAGACUGUUGCGAAACAAAAGUCCAAGCAUAUAACUGGCUAUCUUAAUCUAAUAGCCAAUAUCAUAGAUAACUUUACUCAUGGAUUGGCUGUAGGCGGUUCUUUCCUCGUAUCCUUCCGUUUGGGUGCUCUCACCACGUUUGCUAUUCUCAUACACGAGAUUCCGCACGAGGUCGGAGAUUUCGCAAUUUUAUUACGCAGUGGAUUCAACAGAUGGGAUGCUGCGCGGGCGCAGCUUCUCACAGCCAGUGGUGGCAUUUUUGGAGCCAUGUCCGCAAUAAUUUUCUCUGGCGGUGAAGUAGGAGCGAAAACAGGUUGGAUAUUGCCCUUCACCGCGGGUGGCUUCCUUCAUAUCAGCAUGGUCACCAUUUUACCCGAACUGCUUAAGGAAACUACUAAUCCUAAAGAAUCUUUGAAACAAAUAGGCGCGUUGCUCCUUGGUAUUACCAUUAUGGCAUUCUUAACGAUUCUUUUCGAUUAAUAGAGUUACUUCGUUUAGCAAUAGCAUUAGGUACUACUUGUCGAUAUAUAUCGACACGUGUCGAGUGUAAGUUUUUAUUAUAUUAAUCCUUGACACGUGUCGGGACAAGUCAUUCGAAUUUGCCAUAAGAAAUUCUACCGCGUAAUACUUGUUGCUCAAUGAUGGUGCAUCCACGCCGGGAGACAAAGGAAAUGAAAAACGACGGUUAACGACUGACCAAAUUCAUGUAGAAAUUACUUUUGUACUGAUUUUAGUUUCAUAUAAAACUUCAUAGUCAUCUGUAUAUUUGAAAUACGUUCACGUUUAGAUAAUUCGAUAAAUAAAAAUAACGUCGAUCUCCUUCUGCGGUAAUUAAUGUUCUUCUGAUAGAGAGAGACAAAGAAAACAGGGAUAUCUGUACAAGUUACUUUUAUAUUUUUCGAUCGUUUAUCGGGGAUCGUAUUAUCGGCAAUUCGGUAUUAUCCAUCAAUAUUGUUGCAUUAAGGGAUACUCUGUUACAAACCUGGCAUAGUUUAUACAUAAAUAUACGUAUGUUCCUCCAUAAACAAUCGAAAACUUGUUGCAUGAAACGUUAUUCCGUUUCUAUGAUAUCGACUUAUUUUGCACUUAAACUUCGUUAUCUAGGCGUUACACUGUGAAACCAGUAUUGACGUGUGACUUUCACAUUGUAAAACAUCAUCGUGUACAUAAUGUCUAUGCUUCCUCGUUUACUGUUAAAAAAAUUGAAACUCAAAAAAAAAAAGGAUUGUAAAUUACACAAAAAGAAAAAUAGUAUAUUUUGUGGGUACAUCUAUCGGUUUGUUCGAUCAUUCCGACAAAUGUAUAUUUUAAGUUCCUAAUGUAUUGAACCCUUAACUACCUUAUUGUGAAAGGAGGAUAUAACAUAUUCCUGAUGAUGAACAAUAUGCGAAGAUAUUAUGUAAAAUCUGUAAAAUUGGUAUGUAGAUAUAGAGUCAUUGUAUUUAAUAAAAUUUGAAAGAUUGUGUAAACUCGAGUAUUUUAGAGAAGUUUACGAAUUAGAUGAGUUAUCGAACGGAGAUUCCAUCUAUUCUCCGUAGUCUCGUGUAUUAUCUAAAGGUGCUGGUUUUAUAAACCGAACAAAACGCAAUCCUUGUACUUAAAGGAUUAUUCUUUUACAACAGAAACCUUAAUACAUGAGCAUCGUUUUUAAGCACAUGUAAAUAGAAAUUCGGAAUUACGAAGCUAGUUUAAUCAGCGACUUGGCAAGUAUAUUUUCUAUAAACUAUGACUUCACGAACAAACUGUUCGUAUGUAAUCACUAUUAUUUGUAAAUAAAGUAUUUUAUUCUAUGAUAUA